AUGCAGACUGACACGGCUAAGGGAGUGGAGGCGGCUAUGGGCCAGGCGAUAGCAACCGAUGGCGUCACUGUGGAUGUCGGACACGUCACCGUGGCCACCGACCAAGGGGUUAUAGAACGGGACGAUGGCUCUAUCGAUGCCACGCGCAUUGCUAUGGAAACCGAAGUAGGUACAGACUCAGAUACCGGUAGCUCUGGGAGGCGUACGGAUAUCACACCGCGUGAGGAUGGUGAGCAUGUGCAUGUGACACACACUCAAACGUACUCCAGGUGUGGAGAGGGUGUGUUCACGCACACGCACACGCACACGCACACGCAUACGCAUACGCCCGACGGCGUGACUACGGAAACAGUUACAGCUUUGAGAACGGCAGCGGAAGGAACAGGCGCGGACAUGGAUGACA